ACACUGCGUGUCCACACAUUCGCGCACGCCCUGACCCAUCUCUCUUUUCUUCUUUUUCUUGCUUUUUCUUAAACCCUGUUUAAACAGAGGGGACCUCUCUGUAAACUAUUAAUGCCUCCAUUAUAAUACACAAAACCCUCUUUGUCUCUUUCAUCUCUUCUCCUAACUUUCUACUGGUAAAGGUCUCAGGCAUUACAAAAGCCAAGGGAGCACAGUUAUUACCUUCUGUUUUUCCUCAUUCUCAUCCACUUGAGCUCGUAGGGUUUCCGAAAGAAUGCAGAGCUCGAAUCUUCUUAUUUGAGCAGCUUCUUUUUAAUCUUUAGAUCUCUCCAGCAUAAGAGUAAUGGGGAAACAUGGGUUUGCUUUCCUUCUCAUUUUUAUGGUCUUAUUGAGUGGUUUCUCCUCAGCUUCAGCAGCUACCGAUCCUGCUAAAAUUGUUACUGGGUUUUUCUCCAAUGCAGUCUCUGCUCUUCUGAAAUGGUUGUGGUCACUACAGACUAACACCAAAACAGCGAUUUCUGGCCGUCCGAUGAUGAAGUUUGAAAGUGGAUACACUGUCGAGACGGUUUUUGAUGGUAGUAAGCUCGGAAUGGAGCCGUACUCGGUUGAAGUGUCGCCGAGCGGGGAGAUUUUGGUGUUGGACUCUGCUAAUAGUAACAUUUAUAAGAUCUCCGCCCCUUUGUCUCGCUAUAGCAGGCCAAAAUUGGUUGCUGGUUCACCUGAAGGGUACUCAGGACAUGUGGAUGGGAAGCCAAGAGAAGCAAGGAUGAACCAUCCAAAGGGCCUUGCAGUGGAUGACAGGGGAAAUAUUUACAUUGCAGACACUAUGAAUAUGGCAAUCAGGAAAAUCGGUGAUGCAGGGGUUACAACAAUUGCAGGAGGAAAGUGGGGCCGAGGAAUGGGGCAUGUUGAUGGCCCAAGUGAAGAUGCCAAGUUCUCAAAUGAUUUUGAUGUUGUUUAUGUUGGAAGCAGCUGCUCACUUCUGGUCAUAGACAGAGGAAACCAGGCAAUCCGAGAGAUACAGCUUCAUUUUGAUGAUUGUGCCUAUCAAUACGGAAGUGGUUUCCCUCUAGGGAUCGUGGUGCUUGUUGCUGCUGGUUUCUUUGGUUACAUGCUGGCAUUACUUCAACGUAGAGUGGGCUCAAUGGUGUCUUCCCAAAAUGACCCAAGAGUUCUUCAGAAGGCAAGCUUUACAUCCGGUCCAUACCAGAAGCCGCCUAAAUCAUCAGUCAGGCCCCCUUUAAUUCCAACUGAUGAUGAACUAGAGAGGCAAGAAGACGGCUUCUUUGGUUCACUGGGGAGACUUUUCAUUAACACUGGAGCAUCUGUGACAGAAAUCUUUGGAGGAUUAUUCUCAGGUUUCAGAAAGAAGCCAGUGAACCAUCAAUACCAGCACCAGUACCAGCAACAGAGCAAGCGUCAAAAUGUUUGGCCACUGCAGGAAAGCUAUGUAAUACCAGAUGAAGAUGAGCCACCCUCUAUAGAAACCAGGACCCCAACUCCACGGAAGACAUAUGCUUUUAUGACCAAGGACCCAGAAAAGACUCAUCAAUUGCGACAAAGUAGGGCUUUCUAUAGUAGUUGGGAUGGUGACUUUCAACAGCAGCAACAGCAACAACAGCAGCCGCAACAACAUCAGCAUCAGCAACAACAUCAUCAAAGGCACUACUCUUCAGGUUCGCAGACAUACUACGAGCAGAGCUGCGAGACGACCAAUGAGAUUGUGUUUGGGGCAGUUCAGGAACAGGACGGUCGCCGGGAAGCUAUGGUAAUUAAGGCCGUGGAUUAUGGAGACCCGAUUUAUGAUCAUCACAAUAUUCGCUCUCGACUGAAUUAUAUGGGUUACAGCCAUGGUUAUUGACUUUUAAUACAUAUAGAAUAUAAAAUAUUUUGGGUGUUUUCCCUCUUAAUAUCUCGUCAUUUGUCUUUCAAAGUUUAUGGAUAGAGAGAGAGAGAGAAUCAGCAUAAGAAUUAUUGUAAUGGAGUAAGCUCCAGUUAUGGUUUUUGAGGAAGGUUGGUUCUCUAUAGUUUAGCCGGUGAAUGAACGGAUAUCUUCUUUUUCAUCUCUAUCCCUAUGUGGAUAAGGUAUGAGUAUAUGGAAUUGAAUUGCAAAACGCAUUAACUUCAA